CUCGCCACACCAUGCCCACCCCCAGCGCUGCCCCGCCGCAGGCCAAGGGCUUCCGCAGGGCCGUCUCCGAGCUGGACGCCAAGCAGGCCGAGGCCAUCAUGUCCCCGCGCUUUGUCGGGAGGCGGCAGAGCCUCAUCCAAGACGCCCGCAAGGAACGGGAGAAGGCGGAGGCCGCGGCUGCAGCGUCCGAGCCCGGGGAGGCCCUGGAGGUGGGGGCCCUUGCCGAGCGGGACGGGAAGGCCCUGCUGAACCUGCUCUUCACCCUGAGGGCCACCAAGCCCCCCUCGCUGUCCCGGGCCCUGAAGGCAUUCGAGACAUUUGAGGCCCAAAUCCACCACCUGGAGACCCGGCCGGCCCAGAAGCCGCGGGCGGGGGGCCCGCACCUGGAGUACUUUGUGCGCUGCGAGGUGCCCAGCGCCGCCCUGCCCGGCCUGCUCAGCUCCGUGCGCCGGGUGGCCGAAGAUGUGCGUGGCGCCGGGGAGAACAAGGUCCUCUGGUUCCCAAGGAAAGUUUCUGAGCUGGACAAGUGCCACCACCUGGUCACCAAGUUCGAUCCUGAGCUGGACCUGGACCAUCCGGGCUUCUCGGACCAGGUGUACCGCCAGCGCAGGAAGCUGAUUGCCCAGAUCGCCUUCCAGUACAGGCAAGGUGACCCUAUUCCCCGCGUGGAGUACACAGCCGAGGAGAUUGCCACCUGGAAGGAGGUUUAUACCACCCUGAGAGGCCUCUACGCCACCCACGCCUGCCGGGAGCACCUGGAGGCUUUCGAGCUGCUGGAGCGAUUCUGCGGGUACCGGGAGGACAGCAUCCCCCAGCUGGAGGAUGUCUCCCGCUUCCUGAAGGAGCGGACUGGCUUCCAGCUGCGGCCCGUGGCCGGCCUGCUGUCCGCCCGGGACUUCCUGGCCAGCCUGGCCUUCCGCGUGUUCCAGUGCACCCAGUACAUCCGCCACGCCUCCUCGCCCAUGCACUCCCCCGAGCCGGACUGCUGUCAUGAGCUGCUGGGGCAUGUGCCCAUGCUGGCCGACCGGACCUUCGCCCAGUUCUCGCAGGACAUUGGCCUCGCAUCCCUGGGGGUCUCGGACGAGGAAAUUGAGAAGCUGUCCACGCUGUACUGGUUCACGGUGGAGUUUGGGCUCUGCAAACAGAACGGCGAGGUGAAGGCCUACGGGGCUGGGCUGCUGUCCUCCUAUGGGGAGCUCCUGCACUCCCUGUCCGAGGAGCCCGAGAUCCGGGCCUUCGACCCCGACGCGGCGGCCGUGCAGCCCUACCAGGACCAGACCUACCAGCCCGUCUACUUCGUGUCUGAGAGUUUCAGUGACGCCAAGAACAAGCUCAGGAGCUACGCCUCCCGCAUCCAGCGCCCCUUCUCGGUGAAGUUCGACCCGUACACGCUGGCCGUCGACGUGCUGGACAGCCCCCACGCCAUCCGGCGCUCCCUGGAGGGCGUCCAGGACGAGCUGCAUGCCCUCGCCCACGCGCUGAGCGCCAUCGGCUAGG